GCUGUUGGAUGCUGGCUGCUGAUUCCUCUCUCCAGUCUUGGUGAGUGUGGUUCCCUGUGGAAACCUGAGGGGAGAGCAGGUGGGUACUGAAGCAAGCCUCCAGCUGGAGACAGAGGGUCAGCCGCUUGUACUCAGCUGCACAGAGCAACGGUCCAUUUCUUAGGAGGGUGCACUCAGGUCAUGAAGUCACCUGUAAAGAUAGAAGGCAAACAUUCAUAUGAUUCAAAAAGACCUCAACCUUAAGUGAAUGUACUUACCCCAGACACUGCACAGUGACCUCUUUGCUUGUGUAGUUCCAGGGUGCCAUCUCCACCCGCCUGGGCAGUGGAGAAGGCUCUUCGAUCAGUAUGUCUCCGUUAACAAGCAAAGUUGGCUCAAAUUGGCCCUGCUGACUGCAACUGUAGCCUGGGGUCUGGAACUGGGGCACUGGCCAGGUUACGACCAGCAACAGAAGCAGAGCCAUGCUGAUGGCUGUGAGAUGCUCACUCGAACCAGGGACACCUGCCUGGUGCGAGUGUGUUGAGCUUCACCUGUCACCCUUGUGUUAUGUGUCCGUGGGCAAGGUGGAGACAGCCCACACAAUGGUCUCUGCAGGAGCCGGAAAUGGCUCGUGCCAGAGAAAAGGUGGGAGAGCAAAAUGUCUCGCUGUUAUACACAGAAAAAUACGGCGUUUCAUUGGGGGUGUGUAACAGCAUGGUGAUGCAGCAGCUAGAGUGCAGGCCUUGUUGUUGUUGUUAUUAUAAUAAAAGGUGUUAAUCCUCUCAGUUAAUCAUUAACCAAGUACUAUUAUUCUCGUUAUUAUUAGAAAUACAUACAUAAUUCCAAGUUAAAGCUUGAAAUUUGAAAUUCACUGCAAAUCAUAAAUAGCAUGUAAUAAAAAUAUAUGUAGCAUAGUUAGAAUAUAAACAUUAAGCACACAGUCUGUUUUCCGUGGAUUAAGGAUACUUUGGACAUGGGUAUUAGAUCGUGCUUUUGACAGUGUAAUAAAAUAAACAGUUCAUUACUUACACCUGAUCCACUUAUUCAUGUUGUUUUUCUUUUUUGUUUUUAACACCUUGGGGCAUAUAGUAUUUGUUUAAUAUCCUUGAAUAAUUCAAUUUAACACUGGAUGCUUUCUAAUUAAAGCGCUUAUUGUUUGUACAGCCAUGUUGUGACCUAGAGGCGCCUCUGGAGUCGUCUGGCUGUUUGUUACAGUUGGCUGUCAGGGCACAGACCCACGUGGGGCCUGCUGGCUCUCUCCUGGCACGCCCGCCCCACCCUCGCCAUGCCGCACCCGGUCUGUUUGUUAAACCCUAGAGACCACAGCAGGUGUUACUGCCGUCAUGCUGAAUCAUCAGCUGUUAGUUUUAUUUCUCCAGGCUGUCCUGACAGUGUGGAGUGUUUGUUUUGUGUUUAUGAUCAAAAAGGGUGUGUGUGUGCAUGUCUGUGUGUGUGUGUGUGUCUGCGUGGGGCCUGCUGGUGGAAUGACAGGCCGGACACAGGGGACUCCACACGUGAGCCCUGUGUGUCGUAGACAAUCCCCACAUUCAUAAUGGGAGGACUGGAGUGGGUCGCAGUCUUGGCCUUUAGCAUCCUCUGCUGGCCAGUUUCCAGACCUGCAGCCUCCACUGCUGAAGUGAUCUGCCUGGGUCUCCUGCCAUAUCAUGUUUGAUAUGACAAAAAAAUUAUGAAUUAUGCCAUUAUUAGGAAGAAUUGCAGAACUUGUGGGUGACCUCAGCUGUUGUCCUGUACUGACCAGAAUGGUCACACUGUUCAUUAAAAAACUCAAUAAGCCCUAAUUAUCUGUAGAUAAUCAGUUGUUUAUAUCUAUUAUAUUGGGUUUGUGAAAGCUGUACACUUUCUAGAUCUCCUCUACAAUUGCACUUCUAUAUAUUUUGUCAAACAAUUAAACUUUGGAGGAUAAAAAGUUAAAAGGUCACUGUUACCUCAGUAUUAAAUGUCUAAUUCAUACCCAUGUGAAGAUGGCACUGCACUAUAUUAGAUUUCUUUGCCAGAUGCUUUUAUCCAAAGAAGAUAAUUGGGGCCAAAUCACUCAGCUGACCCCGAGAUUUGGACCAGCGACCUUCCAAUCACGAGCACAGUGUCCCACCUACACUACAGAGGCACUGUCCAGUGUCUGCCCUGCUUUCAGCUUUCAGCUCUUGAGCACAAACACACAUACAGGACCAGAAACGGGGGCCUAAUAAGAACAGGCACAUGCUUCCUGUGUGAACUGCCAAAAGCUGGUAGGGAAAUGUGGGGUGCUGGUGUGUGUGGGAGAGGCACCCUGAGCUCGCAGGCCACUUCCCAUGUCCCUUCUGAUGACAUUCUCUGUAAUCAGGUGAGGCUCCCAGCGCAGCUGCCAGUCCCUAAUCAGAACCGGGAAAUUUGUUAUGAUGCAACACUGCAGCUGGGAUCAGGCCGCUGAGGCACAGAGCUGCUUUCCUGCGUAGGAAACAGUUUCAAGUCUCUGCAUGUUUAAUUGGCCCUUCUUCACCUGCGCCCUCUGCCCCCGCCCCCCAGAGGUGACAGGGAAAUUGGCCGAUCCGGGGCACCAUUCCCACAUGGACGCCCACACCUCUGCGCCGAGUUCCGGCCCCCUUCUGGGUUUGCAACUUGUUGUUAAUUAAAACAUCACUCCAGGCGAGUUCUGAUUAAAAACCAGACAUGUCCCAUAGGUGAUCUGUCUAAGCUCACAAACAACACUGUUGCAUUACAGUUGUUUUUGCUAGUCUGUAUCAGUAAUAUUAAUUAGGGCACGAGUCAGGUGACGUCUCAGGAAAAAUCUUAUGGUUCACGUCCCGCCUGCUUCUAUUUUCCAGCCGGCUGUGGUAGACAAGGCAAAGGGACCCUCUCAGUGGUUUUCUGUCUGUGAACAUCGACACCUAUCAUCUUCAUGUGUUCAUUUAAUCACAGAAAAUUAGUUUUUCGGUUCAUGCUCCCAUCUCUUAAGACAUUAAUGGAUUUUGAUCGGUAAUAACACUGUUCCGUUUAAGAAUAUGAUUUAAAAAGAUGGCCUGAAAUGUGUGUAUUGUACUUCUUGAAUCAUGAUAGUGGAUCACAAUGCUGAAAUACAAAAGUGAAAUGCAGAGACGCCAGCAGCUGUCUGGAGUCUGUGAGUGUCUCUGGAGGAAUAGAGGCUGCUUGAUGAAGACGUGCCGCAGUCACUCUCCUCCGGCUUCCCCCACACUGCCGCCCUGGGAGCUGCCCCCCCAUUAGUCCAUACAGCAUGAAAUAGUACCCUGCCUUGCUGAGCCAUCUGAUAGGCCCUUCCGCUGCAUGUCGGUAACGGCUUCUCCUCUGUGAUUUGCCCUGCAAUUUCAAGUUUAAUAAGAUGUAAACAAAGAAGGCUGACAGACGUGCUGCUGCCCGAGACCCCAUUUAUACGCCAUAGCUGUAUAUGCCACGGUGCUUGCUUGCUUAAAAUUAAACAUGCACAGAAUUAUUGUUGACUGGGUGGAAGUUUAUUUCACGUUGUCACUUUCAUGCAUUCUGGGAUUGUUUUUUGGGGGCAUCACGUUUGGUUGUUACGAGAGCAACUAGGGAUGAAAUCUCUCACCAUUAUGGUGGAGUAUAGGACAGGGUGAGUGGACAGGGGGGGUCCACUGUGGGGUGCCCCAUAAGAGCAGGAAAUGGCACAGAUGUAACAGAACCUGUGAUGAACAGAGGCAGAGGAAGUCCUGCUCCAGCUCCAUCUGAGCUCUGAUGUCCUGGUCUAGUGCUGAGAUGCAAAUACAUCACUUCCUGUUGGGGCACCCUGUCAGGGAGCCAGGCAGGGAUCGGCUCCUAAAUAUGGGAGCUGUGGGACUUAAAAGUGGGCACUUAGCGAAGAGAGCAUGCCUGUGUUGUCCCAGCAGAGAGAGCUGGGGAGGCAGGCUGCUGUUUCCGUGUGGCCUGGGGCGGCACAACAAGUACGUCCCACUCCCCCUAUCUCCUGUCGCCUGCGGAGCCGUCCUAAUGACCUGCGCCCAUACAAUAGCUGCACUCAGCACACACGCCGGCCCUUAAUGACUCAUUAAACCCAAGCUAAACCAUCCUACUGAGAGCUCCUGCUGCCGCUGGUUAAUGGACAGACUGCAACGCACACUGGUCUCUGGAGUGUAGCCCCUCACUUACUGUAGCAGUGGUAUUGGGAACCUGACAUUCUGUUACAAGAAAGCCCUGCAUUCUGUUCUAGUGCCCCUGAGCAGCUGAUGUGUUUUCAGCUUCACAGAGAAGAAAAGCACCAUGCCUUUUUUUGUUAGGAUCCACACUGCAGGCGGGUGCACAUUGUGUAAUUUCCCGUUGCUGUGCCCCCCAGGGCCCUGGGUUACUGUCUGUAGGGAGGUGAUGAGAUGAUGCCCAUCAUGUAUAAAGAUGGGCGUCUGUGGGCGGCACUAUGUCUGAUGGGCGCUCUGAGCGCCGGGGCAGGGCAUGUGUGGCACGGAGCACCAACCAUGAGGGCGUACACUCUGCUGCGGGUGAUCUGCUCCGCUGUGUUCUGGGCUUCCUGUCGCCAGCAGAGCUGCCAGCCCAUCGCUGGACACUCUAGUCUGGGGUCACUGGAGCAAGAGGGGGACGUCACCUUGGGAGGGCUCUUCUCCCUCCACGACUCAGUGCGGGAACCUGACCUGACCUUUGGGUCCAGACCUGCUCCCACGAGCUGCUCUGGGUUCAACUUCCGAACCUUUAGAUGGAUGCAGACCAUGAUUUUUGCCAUAGAAGAGAUUAACCGACAGGGUCACCUUCUUCCCAACCUGACCCUGGGCUACAAGAUCUAUGACUCUUGCAGCACCACCUUCCAGGCGCUGCGAGCAGCAAUGGCGCUGGUGAACGGGCGUGGCCCGGGCGAGGAGGCAGCCAGUUGCAGUUCCGCGGUGCCCGUUGUCAUCGGUGAUGGCGGAUCCACUCUCUCCCUGGUGGUGGCACGAUUUCUGGGCAUCCUUCGUUUGCCACAGGUGAGCUACUUCUCCAGCUGUGCCUGCCUGAGUAACAAGAAGGAGUUCCCCGCCUUCCUGAGGACCAUGCCCAGCGACCUCUUUCAGGUCGACGCCCUGGCCCUGCUAGUUCGCCACUCGGGCUGGACCUGGGUCGGCACCGUGGCCGGGGAUGAUGACUAUGGCCGGCAGGGCAUCCAGAUCUUCAACCAGCAGGUGGGAAGGCAGGGUGCAUGUGUGGCCUUUCUGGAGGUCAUCCCCAAGAACCAUGCCGCUGAGCGUAUGUCCAGCAUCGUGCGGCGCAUACGACUGUCCGGCGUGCGCGUGGUGCUGCUCUUUGCCCUAGAGCAGGAUGCUGGGGCGCUUUUUCAGGAGGUGCUCAGGCAGAACCUGACCGGCAUCCAGUGGCUAGCCAGUGAGGCGUGGGUCACAGCAUCCGUGCUGGCUGCACCGCACUUCCACCCCAUCCUGCAAGGCUCCGUGGGGUUCGCGAUCCGCCGGGCCGACCUGCCCGGGCUGAAGCCCUUCCUCCUCCGCCUGCACCCGUCCAUGGCUCCCUCCGACCCCUUUGUCCUUGAGUUCUGGGAAAAGACCUUCGGGUGUACCUUCCAGGGCACCCCGGGCCAGAGCCGCUGCACUGGCUCUGAGCAGCUCGCCAACGUCACGAAUAUCUAUGCUGACGUGACACAGCUGAGGAUCUCCUACAACGUGUACAAGGCAGUGUAUGCCAUCGCUCACUCUCUGCGCUCCAUGCUGCAGUGUGAGCCAGGUGGGGCACCCUUCUCUGGGGGCUCCUGUCCUCAUGUCUCCAACAUCCAGCCUUGGCAGCUCCUGCACUACAUGAAGCAGGUGGAAUUCACCAAUGAGUUUGGCGAGACUACAAAAUUUGACGCGAACGGGGACGCCGUGGCGACGUACGAUCUGAUAAACUGGCAGCUCACUGGCGACGGCGCCGUCAGGUUUGCCACGGUGGGCCGGUUCGACGGCACGUUGAGCCCCAGUAAGAAGCUAACGAUCGACGACCAGGCUAUCGUCUGGAAUGGGAACCGAAAACAAAUUCCCCGAUCCGUGUGCAGCGACAGCUGCCCCCCCGGCACUCGCAAGGCCAUCAAGCCUCGGCUCCCUGUCUGCUGCUUUGACUGCGUUGUCUGCACAGCUGGGGAGGUUAGCAAUCAGACAGACGCCAUAGAGUGUGAGAGAUGCCAGCCGGAGUUCUGGUCCAAUCAGGGCCGCGACGCGUGUGUCCCCAAGCAGCUGGAUUAUCUUUCCUUCCAGGACGCUAUGGGCGGCACCCUCCUGGCGACGGCGCUCCUCGGGGCCUGCAGCACGGCCACUGUCGCUUUGGUCUUCGCUCGGUACAGGAACACGCCGGUCGUGCGCGCCAACAACUCGGAGCUGAGCUUCCUGAUCCUGUGCUCGCUGGCGCUCUGCUUCCUGUGCGCCCUGGCCUUCCUGGGCCGGCCCUCGGCCUGGUCCUGCCGGUUGCGUCAUACCGCCUUUGGCAUCGCCUUUGUGCUCUGCAUCUCCUGCAUCCUGGGCAAGACUGUGGUGGUGCUGAUGGCCUUCCGGGCCACGCUGCCAGGCAGCCGAGUCAUGCGCUGGUUUGGCCCCGUGCAGCAGAGGGCCAGCAUCUUCCUCUGUACCUUAGUGCAGGUGCUCAUCUGCGGCCUGUGGCUGGGACUCGCUCCGCCGUCGCCGCGGAGACUGCUGGCGCGCGAGAGUGCUCACAUCCUACUGCUGUGUGACGUGGGCUCCAGUCUGGCCUUCUCCCUCGUGCUGGGCUACAUCGGCCUGCUGGCCUGCCUCUGCUUCCUGCUGGCCUUCCUGGCCAGGAAGCUGCCCGACAACUUCAACGAGGCCAAGUUCAUCACCUUCAGCAUGCUCAUCUUCUGCGCCGUCUGGGUGGCCUUCGUGCCCGCCUACGUCAGCUCGCCGGGGAAGUACUCCACAGCCACGGAGAUCUUCGCCAUCCUGGCCUCCAGCUUUGGCCUCCUGGUCUGUCUCUUCUUUCCUAAGUGCUACAUAAUUUUGCUAAAACCAGAGAAGAACAACCGAAAGAACAUGAUGACAAAAUUGACAUCAGGGAAGCAAUAUUAGAUUGAAGUGUAAUUUUUGGUCCUGUAAUAUAUGAACUGCAAAAAAUGGAUUCCUCAGAUCCUAUUUCUGCAUUUUUUUCUGUACCGAGUAGUAUGUAGGUAUGAGAAAUGUAUAGAACCUGAGCACUAAGCCUACUAUGUAUAAUGACUAGUUCCUGGUGUGAGAAAAAGAGUCACACCAGUAUGCUUUGGUGUUUAAAGGGAAGCAAAAUGAAUCUGUCUCCUUUUAGUCCAUCUACAGCAUCAUUGUGGCCCAUGUGGGGACACUGUUUGGGGAGCAGCGUUCAAGCAAAAAUAAUAAAGAGCAGUGUGGUUUGGAAAAUGUGGGUGGCACUGCUAUACCAUACACUGUAUAUCCAUUCAUCUAUCUUUCAACUGCUUAUCUUAAUCAGGGUCGGGGGGGGGCACAAGGCAGGGUAGACCCUGGAAGCGAUACCAGUCCAUUGUCGGGGGCAUACACACAAAAUGAUUUACUAGAGGUCAUUUAGAAGUGCCAGUUAGCUUAAGUGCAUGGACUGUGGGUGCAAACGAGAAUGUCUGGAGGAAAACUGCAUUAUAGAGGGAGCCAGGAGAACCUGCAGAGCACAUGACAAUGUACUAUAUAUGUAUGCCAUCUGCUAUUAUUAAUGUUGUGACAAUCCUAUGACGUCUCUGACUCUUUAAUUUGCCGAAAUACCUCAUCUGUAACCAUUCGUAAUGUCCUUAACACAAGAGGAAAGGGAAGCAAGCAGCCACACGGCAUCUGUGUCACUUAUAAAGAUUAUACAGGCGGCUGCUGCUUCGUCAGUCCUGCCUGCAC